AUGGAAGACUUUGUACCGUCAUUGAAUAGUUUAGUCAAAUAUUCCACACCUGUUUUGGUGUCAGUAGCUGGAAAAAACACUGGGGAAAAAAAGGAUGCCUAAGCUAAGCAAUAAGUUAGAGUCAAUAGUCCUGGAAGACAAGAGAAAAUGAUCACCUAAGAAAUUUUACAAUAAAAUCUACCACCCAAAGAAUACAGAUUGAAAAAUGGACAAUUGUGGGUGCAAACUGUUUUAUCUACUCCUGCCACCAGAAUCGAAGUUGUCUAAUUAUAACAGGAAUUGGACAAAAGGUUGUUGUCAAGAGGAGCCAGAGAAACUGGAAUUUGUCCCAUUAGAGAAGAGUUAUACGAAUAAUGUUUUGAUGAAUUGAUUCGCUAAAUUACAAUCGAUUGCAGUCAGAGAGGAUUACUGUUGGUGAAUUCGAAACGAAUUCCGUAAUCAAUUGAAUUCAUACAAAACCUUAUAUGA